UCAUGUACACCUAUAGUACUUUGCUCUCUGCCAAUCGUGUAAGGAGAAAUAAGUAGCGUUUUGAAUUUUAACCACUGGAGGACAAAUCAAGGAGUGGGUUGGUUAGAAGUGUUGUCGCGGACAACGCCCACGGAUGUGUCAGCGUGACCCUAAAGUUACUCUUUUGGGCUGAUUGAGAAUACACAAUAGUAGCUUGCGUCACGAGGCGCGCUCGCUCACUCUGCGCAUUUCUGGACAGGUUCAGUCGUGAGCGCGGAAACGGCACAUGAAGUGUCUCAACGAGCAAUCAAACUGAUUCUUCAGGGUAUUAUCACUCAUUGAGACCUACACGAGCACAUUCGCAUCAGAUUCUCACUCUUCGACAUCCAGUUAGGAGCACAAACCUAUAUUGUCCACACCUGUAUCAAGCCAAAGGGCCAGUUUUUGUUUCCUCCAUUCUGCCCUGCUCUCCUUUCACACCUUUAAUUGUCAGGAUCACCACGACACGGCACAACCAUGCCCAAGAGCAGUAAAGUGACUCAGCGCGAGCACAGUAAUGAGCAUGUUACGGAGUCUGUGGCCGACCUCCUGGCGCUGGAGGCUCCCAUGGACUACAAGAGCAGUCAGAUGAGCAUGAACAUGGCAGGAGGGGGCCCUCCACCCAUAGGCAAACCAGACAUCUCCCCUGACCUAGAAGACGGACGCCCUGCUUGGAACAGUAAGCUGCAGUACAUCCUGGCCCAGGUGGGCUUCUCAGUGGGCCUGGGUAACGUGUGGCGUUUCCCUUAUCUUUGCCAGAAGAAUGGAGGAGGUGCCUACCUCGUUCCAUACUUCAUUCUUCUUAUCCUUAUUGGCAUCCCACUCUUCUUCUUGGAGCUGGCGGUCGGCCAGAGGAUCCGUCGAGGGAGCAUAGGAGUGUGGAAUUAUGUUUGUCCACGACUCGGUGGCAUUGGAGUGUCCAGCCUGAUGGUGUGUGGUUUUGUGGGUCUGUACUAUAAUGUGAUUAUCGGCUGGAGCAUCUUCUACUUUUUUCAGUCGUUUCAGUAUCCCCUGCCCUGGAGCGACUGUCCCAUCAGGAGGAACGGCAGCCAAGCCAUUGUGGAGCCUGAGUGUGAGAAGAGCUCAGCAACCACGUACUUCUGGUACCGCGAGACCCUGAACAUCACCAGCACAAUCGCAGACAGCGGGGGUCUGAACUGGAGGAUGACUCUGUCGCUGCUGGCUGCCUGGAUAAUUGUCUGCCUGGCUGUAAUAAAGGGCAUUCAGUCUUCGGGGAAGGUGAUGUACUUCAGCUCUCUAUUUCCAUACUUGGUGCUCUUUUGCUUCCUGGUGAGAGGGCUGUUUCUUAAAGGAGCAGUUGACGGCAUUGCUCACAUGUUCACACCAAAGCUGGAGAUCAUGUUGGAGCCGCAGGUGUGGCGUGAAGCUGCCACUCAAGUCUUCUUUGCUCUUGGUCUGGGUUUUGGUGGAGUCAUCGCUUUUUCCAGCUACAAUAAGAGAGACAACAACUGCCAUUUUGAUGCCGUGCUGGUCUCCGUUAUCAACUUCGUGACCUCUAUACUGGCCACACUCGUGGUGUUUGCUGUGCUGGGUUUCAAAGCCAACGUCAUGAACGAAAAAUGUGUGGUGGAGAAUGCUGAGAAGAUUCUGGGCUACUUGAACUCAAAUGUGCUGAGUCAGGAUCUCAUCCCCCCUCAUGUGAACUUCUCCCACCUCACCUCGUCAGACUAUGCCGAGAUGUACGGCGUGAUAAAGAUUGUGAAAGAGGACAGUUUUGCACAGCUGGGGCUGGAGCCGUGUCUGCUGGAGGAUGAGCUCAAUAAGGCUGUUCAAGGCACUGGUCUGGCUUUUAUUGCCUUUACUGAGGCCAUGACCCAUUUUCCGGCCUCUCCCUUCUGGUCUGUCAUGUUUUUCUUCAUGUUAAUAAACCUGGGCCUGGGCAGCAUGAUUGGCACCAUGACUGGCAUCACCACACCCAUUCUGGAUACUUUCAAAAUUCGGAAAGAGUUCCUCACAGUGGGCUGCUGUAUUGUGGCUUUUUUGUGCGGCUUGCUGUUUGUCCAGCGUUCAGGGAACUACUUCGUUACCAUGUUUGAUGACUAUUCUGCUGGUCUGCCCCUCACCCUUGUGGUGGUCCUGGAGAAUGUAUCUGUAGCUUGGAUCUAUGGCACCAAGAGGUUCAUGCAGGAUCUGGAAGACAUGCUGGGUUUCAGACCAUACUCUGUUUACUUCUACCUGUGGAAGUAUGUGUCUCCAGUGUGUCUGCUCGUACUGAUUUCUGCCAGUGUGGUAGAGAUGGCCAUCAGCCCUCCGGGAUACAAUGCGUGGGUGCAAGACCUGGCCACGGAGAGGUUUCAGAGUUAUCCUCCUUGGGCACUAGUCAUGUGCUUUGCUCUGAUCAUUGUGGCCAUGCUUCCUCUUCCAUUGGUCUUUAUUGCCCGUCACUUCAACUGGCUCCCAGACGGAUCCAACAAGCUGUCCGUCUCCUACCGAAAGAGCCUCGCAAAGGAGGCUUCCACCCUGGAAGAUGAGACACGGUUCAUCCUCGGGAAGAACCCCAGCGAAGCCCCUUCUCCCAUGCCCAGCCACAGGGCCUAUCUGGGCCCCGGCAGCACCUCUCCUGUUGAGCUCAUCACCAACUCUACCUCCAUCAGUGGCUAUGGCAGUGGUUACCAGACCAACCCCGCCCCUCCCAAAUCCGAGUCAUGAUCCUCCAAACCCCACCGACCAAAGAAAGAAGAUGCUGAACAGAUGAGAAGGUCCUAGUGUUGGUCACACCUUAACCCAAGCCAUCCAAAGGAGCAGGACAACAAGAAAACAGACAGAAAGACACAGAGAUCCUUCCUAGACAGGUUCCCCUGGGCCCAAUUAUUCAUACCGACUACAGAUGUUGGUCUGAAGGUGAAAGAGAGCCAGAAGCUUUCAGAUCAAAAUGUAAGGUGGCUUAUUUGUUGAGUUGGUAAGUUAUUUUUUGCAUACAUGUAAAUAUUUCAACUCUAAGAAGGUUGAAACAUUCAAGCUUCAGGUUUGGUCUCUGUGACUGGUAUGGGGGCAUGGGGUGGUGAGAGCUGAGGUGAUAGCUGUCGCUCAGGUUAAGGUGUUACCAAUGCUGCUGAAAUCUAGACAUCUUACAAAAUGCGCAAGAUACGAGAUGCCAUGCAAGAAAUUUCAUUUAAACUCAUCUUUAGAGCUCAUAAAGGGACUCGACUCAGAGGGGCUCAGAAACUAAAGCUUUCACUUCUUAUAAUGAGCCCUCUAGUGGAUAUUAUGUAAGUGUCACUGUUAAAUACAGACCGCCUGAGAGUAGAGUGAAUUGAUAGCUUGAUUUCUGUUACUUUGCACAUCAACAGUCUGUCAUGUCCACAUCUCAGCACAAGAGGGCGACAUAUGUAUUUAUACACAACGCACAUAUGUAUGUAGUCUCAGUGCAGUAUCAAAUAUAUACAGUAUAAGUGUCAGGUUCAGGCUGUUUUUGCUACUGGAUUUAAGUUUAAUUUUUGGAAGGUUUUACCUAGAUGUUUUUAUUUUUUAUAAUCAAAACAAAUGUGACUGCCUAAUGAGAGCUGAUUUCGACACAGCACAAGAAACGACAUUUUCAGGAUGCAAUAAGGGGUGCCGUUUGAGCCAAGUAAACUCCACCAAGCACAAUAACUGUAAUUGAAUAAAUUACACAUGAAUUAAAUGGGAACAAAUAUUAUUUAAUAUUACCAUUUCAGCAGUGGCAAUAAUAGUAAUGAAAUGAGUGGCAUUUCCUGCCAUUGUGAAGUUUACUUUGAAGCCCAGUUCUAAACCUGUGGAGAAAUCUGUAUUUGCUUUGCUAUUAACUUCUGUUUUAUACUUAAAGUUAUCAUGCU